AUGAGACAAGGAUUACGGCUUUUGGAAGGGACGGAUUUGAACAAAUUCAUCUUCGCGGAAAAGUGUUGCUCGAUGAACAAUGUAGCGGAAUGCUGGGUCGAGCUUUUGCGAUUGACGAAAAAGGAGAAACUUGAAAAACUUGGAAUUGUCAUGUCCAAGGCUCGGGCGAGCUUGAGCGGGACAGAACUCGAAAGACUUCAUGAAAUUUGGACUCAAUAA